AUGCCUACAACAGUGCAGCACAGAAUCAAACGUGCUGCGAAAGCCUGUCUGUCUUGUCGGAAACGGAAGAUCAAGUGCGACUAUGCAACAAAAGGGUCGCCGUGCUCGAAUUGUGACCAGGAUGGCUUCGAGUGCCUGGCGGUGGAAAGGAAGAAGCGAAAAACCACCGUCGUAAGGACUCUUCCUGGAGUGAACACUACCAACCUAUCUUCUCCGCUUGCCCAGACAUGUCACGAACCCACCGGCACAUCGGCGACUCGCUUCCAGGGAGGUGGCGAAUCUGUUGUCGAUGCGCUCUCGGCAACUCCAGAGGGGCUUGAGCAACGUUCAACUCGACGGACAUCGUCCUUUUCCAGGCACAGUUUGUUGCAUUCGGUCCCCCAUUAUGCCUUUUUGAUGCGCCUCUCUGAACCCCAACGUUCCGAUACAAGGCCUUUGGAGGACAUUGUGCUUCAGUUGGCAUCAGACAAAAACCAAGGAUCUUCUGCCCCGAGCUCGACAUGCGGCGAGAGUGAACUGCACUAUCUCAGGACUGUUGGUUGUUUCGACAUUCCUCGACGAGAUAUUCUUUCGGCGUUGAUUGAUGCUUACUUCACCAUCUUCCACCCAUUCUUCCCUGUUGUGCAGAAACCGGAGUUCUUAAAGUCCAUUAAGUCCAUUGAAGUUUCGCUAACCACCAGCCCAUACGGUGCAUCUCAAGCCAGCCCAGCUCAAAAUGCUUCUGGUCACGAGUUGGCCCCUCAAAAUUCACAGUUCAGUCUCCUACUCCUUCAGGCUGUGCUUUUCAUAGCGAUUGGAGUUGUGUCCUCAGAGGUCGUUUCGGCGGCAGGAUUCACAUCCCGCAAACAAGCACGCCAUGCAUAUUACCUCAAGGCCCGCAGACUCUAUGACCUUGACUAUGAAGAAGACCCGAUUGCAACUAUUCAGGCCUUAUUAUUGAUCAGUCAGUACUAUCCCUCCAUCACCGAGCGGAAGCAUACGUGGCAUUGGAUACACCAAGCUAUCAGUUUGGCGCAAGUUAGCGGGCUGCACAGAGAUCCUGGAAAUGUCGCCCAUCGGGCUUUGUGGGCACGAAUCUGGUGGGCUUGUGUUGUACGGGACCGCUGCAAUGGCCUAGGUACCGGUCGUCCUCUUGUGAUCAACAGCCUGGACUGUACCACGGCAAUGCUGGUCCUUGGCGAUGUCAAAGAAGAAGGUGACUCUGAGCAAGAUCUUGAAAUCAAAGCCAUGUUCAUCGAAUUCGUCAAGCUUUGCCAGAUCGUCGAAGGCAUAGUAACUUUGCGCUAUUCAAGCUCAGCGACAGAUACGACUCCUCCGGAUCAACUUCAAGUCUGUGAAGAUGCCCUGGAGCGCUGGACGCGCUCCCUGCCUCCUCAAGCGAAACUACAAGACCACCUACAGACUGUCUCGGAGAAUAUGGGGGUCGCUACUAUGUAUCGUGCAAUUUUGCACGCAUGCUUGAAUACCAUUCGCAUUGCUUUGUAUCAGUCACUCACUUUGUGGAAUGGAGCCGGGGACUGGACUACCACUUGCCAGCAAAAGGUCGAGUUUGCGGCUUUGGAUAACACGCAGCUCUUUACUCAUCUCGUCAACCUCGACCUGGUGCGAUUCUGUCCCACAAUCGCUGUGACAUUUACGUUGGCGCCUCUCAUUGUGCAUGUCCUCGGAAUUAGAUCUUCACGACCGGAGGAAAGACUUCAGGUUCAUAAGAACCGAUUUGAGCUUUGCAUGAUAUUUUUGCGCCAGUUGCGGGAUAUUUAUUGGCACGCUAUUUUUUACUGCGAAUUCUUCGAGCUGGCCGCAUCAAUCAAAGACCAUCAAUUGAGAACGCAAAUGUCAGAGGCUCAUGAUCCUCUAGCUUCGUUCCUCACUCAACGCAUCAGCGUCGGCGAUCUCAUGGUGCUUCGACAUUAUCAGAAUCUCGGCAGGGAUGGUGAAGUGGAUGAUCUAUCCCUGACCUCGGCAACAUCACCGAUAUAUCCGCGGGGAUGGCCUCAAAACGCGAGACCAGACGGUCACGAUUAUGAUAAUCAAGGAGAGGUGUCGUCGAAUCUGAACAUACAAAGCCAUUCGUCUGUCUCGGCGGAUCCUGACCCGGUCUACCUGAACCACAUUGAAUCUAUGAACAUGAAUGAAUGGCUAGCGGCGCAUUCGCGGGCUGGUCAGUCCAUUCCAUUUGCCUGA